CGGGGCGGGCGCGGCCGAGCAGCAGCAAAUCAGCGCGGGGCGGCCGGCGCAUAAGAAGGCAGGGCGGCAGCGGGAGCCGUCCCUCCGGCGGCGGCAGGAUGCACCAUGAGGAGCUGGCGCCCCUGCAGCGGCCCCGCUACGGCUCUAUUGUGGAUGAUGAAAGGCUUUCAGCAGAGGAAAUGGAUGAAAGGAGGCGUCAGAACAUUGCUUAUGAGUACCUCUGUCACUUAGAAGAAGCAAAAAGGUGGAUGGAGGUCUGCUUGGAAGAAGAGCUGCCCCCUACUACUGAGCUGGAAGAAGGCUUAAGGAAUGGUGUUUAUCUUGCGAAGCUUGCAAAAUUCUUUGCCCCCAGUCUCGUGUCAGACAAAAAGAUCUAUGAUGUGAAGCAGGAACGUUACAAGAGAUCAGGACUUCAUUUUCGGCACACUGAUAACACUGUACAGUGGCUAAGAGCGAUGGAGUCCAUUGGUCUGCCUAAGAUUUUUUAUCCAGAGACUACGGAUGUCUACGAUAGGAAAAACAUACCUAGGAUGAUAUACUGCAUUCAUGCUUUAAGUUUAUACCUGUUCAAACUAGGAUUAGCACCACAAAUUCAGGACCUACUGGGGAAAGUAGACUUCACAGAGGAAGAAAUUAGCAACAUGCGAAAGGAGCUGGAGAAGUAUGGCAUACAGAUGCCAUCUUUUAGUAAAAUUGGUGGGAUUCUGGCCAGUGAAUUAUCAGUGGAUGAAGCUGCAUUGCAUGCUGCAGUGAUAGCAAUUAACGAAGCUAUUGAGAAGGGAAUAGCUGAGCAAACCAUUACAACUCUGAGGAACCCAAAUGCAAUGUUGCAAAAUGUGGAUGAGGAACUUGCACAGGACUAUCAGAAUGAGCUCUUUGAAGCUAAACGGAGAAAACAAUCAAGUGCAAGACUUAAGGUAAAUGGCACCAUCUCUGAAGAGGAGAGAGAUGUCUACGAAGAGCUGCUGACACAAGCUGAGAUUCAAGGCAAUAUCAAUAAGAUCAACAUUCACAUAGCUUUAGUCCAAGUGAAUGAGGCUAUUGACCGGCAAGAUGAAGUGGCACUGAUGGCAGGUUUGAACCGUCCUGCUCUGAGCCUACUUGAAGUUCUGCCACAAAAUUCCUCUUGGUACCUAUUGCAAUUGUCUGAUUCUAAAGAACAGAAAAUGCAGAUAGCAGGGGUUCCAAAUAUGCUCGACAAAAGUGAAAUACAGAAAGAAGUUAGUGUUGCCAAUGCGGAAGCUGAGGCUCACAAGCUUAAACUUAUAGCAGUUGACAAUAUCAAUACUGCAAUUCGUAACUGUGAUCCUAGUAAAACACUGGUUGCACUGAUGAAACCGGAGGCGCAGCUGCCUGUUGUUCACUCAUUUGCUGCUGUUGUCUAUCAGACUGAGCUAUUCAACCUCCAACAACAGAACGCUGUGAAUUACCUGGCACACGAUGAACUGUCUGUUGCAGUAGAAAUGUUGUCAGCUGUUGUGUUGCUAAACCAGGCCUUGGAAAACAAGGACUUCCAAAUGAUAAGGAAUCACCUCAGAAAUCCAUGCAUUGGCUUCAAUAAUCUGGAAGAGGAAAACUUGCAACGUUAUGCUGAUACACUAUUGUCUAUUAAGUCAGAGGCUUCAUCUCAAGGCCAAGAUUAUUUAAGCUGGAAUGAUAUCCAGAACUGCAUUGAAAUGGUUAAUAUGCAAAUUCAAGAAGAAAAUGAAAGAAUUAUUGCAAUUGACCACAUUAAUGAAGCAAUUGACCAAGGAGAUGCUGAAAAAACUCUAGAAGCUCUACUGAUGCCCACAGCCAAGCUGCAAGAUGUGAGACCAGAAAAUGCAAAGCAUUACCAGGAUGUUCUGCACCAUGCCAAAACACAGAAGCGCAAGGAAACCCAAGAUGAAUCAGCGGUUCUGUGGCUGGAUGAAAUACAAAAGGGAAUCAGUGAUGCCAACAACAAUAUAAAAGAAGCUGCAAUCUUGGCUGUCGGGAUAUCAGUGAUCAACAAGAGCUUGGAGAAGGGUGAUUCACAGCCAGUCCUGAUGACACUGCAGUCCAAGUUUGGUUUACGAGUAGUUUCAGAAUGUGCUGAAACUUAUUUCAAGAACCUCUCAGAAGCCAAGAAGCUGAAAACUAAAGAUGAUUCUAAUGAAAGUCAAUGGAUUGAACUCAGAAUGAAAAAUAUGUAUAGUUACUACUACAACGUGGAAACUGAGGAAGGUACCUGUGUUGUCCCUGAAGGAGUUGUACCAAAAACCUCCUGGUUAACUGCUGAAGAAAUCCAGAACAUUGUUGGGCAAGUUACAGCAGACUACAAUCGGGAGCAGCUGUGGCUUGCUAAUGAAAGUCUGAUUGUUCAGCUGCAAGCCCAAGCAAGGGGAUUCUUAGUCAGAAGGAAUUUUCAGGACAGAAAAGCAUACCUACAAAACCAGGAACCAUCUGCCAUCAAAAUACAGGCUUUCUGGAAAGGAUUCAAACAAAGGAAAAGCUAUGUUGACAGACUAAAGGUGCUUCAAAGCAAUGUUGCUGCUGUUGUCAAGAUUCAGUCGUGGGUCAAAAUGUGGCUAGCAAGGAGAGCUUACAGGAAGAGGCUGCAGUACUUCAAGGAUCAUAAUGAAGAAAUUGUGAAGAUACAAGCAUUUCUCAGAGCAAACAAAGCCAGGGAGGAUUAUAGAACGCUAACUGGUGCUGAAAAUCCACCCUUGCCUGUCCUGCGCAAAUUUGCCUACCUCUUGGACCAAAGUGACUUAGAUUUUCAAGAAGAACUAGAAGUAACAAGAUUAAGGGAAGAAGUAGUUACAAAGAUUCGAUCCAAUCAACAGCUGGAGAAGGACUUGAAUUUAAUGGAUAUAAAGAUUGGACUUCUGGUGAAAAACAGAAUCACUCUUCAGGAUGUGGUAUUACAUAGUAAGAAGCUUAACAAAAAGAGCAAAAAUCAGCUAGAAGAGAUGGUAAUGGUUGACAAACAGGGUAUAAAAGGCUUGAGUAAAGAGAGAAGAAAAAAAUUGGAGGCUUAUCAACAUUUAUUCUACCUUUUACAGACUAAUCCCAUGUAUCUGGCGAAGCUGAUUUUCCAGAUGCCUCAAAACAAAUCAACCAAAUUUAUGGAUACAGUCAUCUUCACUCUCUACAACUAUGCCUCCAAUCAACGAGAAGAAUAUUUGCUUCUCAAACUUUUUAAAACUGCUUUAGAAGAGGAGAUAAACUCUAAGGUAGACCAGAUACAGGAUAUUGUCACUGGAAACCCUACUGUCAUUAAGAUGGUUGUCAGCUUCAACCGAGGUGCUCGUGGACAGAAUGCUCUACGCCAGCUCCUGGCACCAGUGGUGAAGGAGAUCAUGGAGGAUAAAUCCCUCAUAAUCAACACUAGUCCCGUGGAUGUGUACAAAUCAUGGGUAAACCAGCUAGAAAUGCAGACUGGUGAGGCCAGUAAAUUGCCAUAUGAUGUUACCACCGAACAAGCAUUAACGCACACGGAAGUUGUCAAUAAACUGGAAUCAUCAAUUCAGAGUUUGCGAGCUGUAACUGACAAAGUUCUCACAUCUAUAUUCUCAUCUCUCAAUAUGAUGCCUUAUGGAAUGAGAUAUAUAGCCAAAGUUCUGAAGAGCUCGCUCCAUGAGAAAUUCCCAGAUGCAACAGAAGAUGAACUGCUAAAGAUUGUUGGAAACCUCCUGUACUAUCGGUACAUGAACCCUGCCAUUGUUGCUCCUGAUGGUUUUGAUAUAAUUGAUAUGACGGCUGGCGGGCAGAUACACCCUGACCAGAGGAGGAAUCUGGGCUGUGUGGCAAAAGUCCUUCAGCACGCUGCUUCUAACAAGCUCUUUGAAGGAGAGAGUGAACAUCUGUCAUCUAUGAACACUUACCUAUCACAGACGUACCAGAAGUUCAGGAAUUUUUUUCAGGCAGCAUGUGAUGUUCCUGAACCAGAGGAGAAAUUCAAUAUUGAUGAGUACUCUGAUAUGGUGACCCUCAGCAAACCUGUCAUAUAUAUCUCUAUUGAAGAAAUUAUCAAUACCCAUUCACUACUAUUAGAACACCAGGAUGCCAUUGCCACUGAGCCAAAUGACCUGCUGAACGAAUUGCUGGAAGGGCUGGGACCUGUUCCUGAUGUGGAGUCUUUCCUUGGGGAAGGGUCUGUUGAUCCCAAUGACCCUAACAGGGAAAGCACACUGAAUCAGCUUGCAAAAACAGAGAUUUCAUUGUCUCUAACAAGCAAAUACGAGUUACGAGAAGGUGAAGAUCGGGACCUCAAAAGCCUGAUGAUAAAGACCAAAAGACUUAUUGUGGAUAUGAUACGAACACAGCCAGGGGAUACACUCUUAGAAAUAUUAGAAACAACAGCCACUGCACAACAGCAACAAAAGGAAAUUCAGGCCUGGGAACUGCUGCUAUCAACCGAGGAGGAAUUGAGUGGGAAGAGCUCACAGCUGAAGACGUCCCCUGGAGAUACUGACUCUGAACGUGCAAAUCUUAGCUUCCCUCAGUGUGUGCAUGAAUCUGAGCACUUGAAACUUGUAGAAAAACGUGCCAUUUUAGAUUCCAAAACUCCAGAGAAAAUGAAGCGCAGUCAGUCUAUUUUUGAAGAUGGGCAGCUACCAAUAGAACAAAAGAAAAGGAAAAUUCAGAGAAAUCUCCGGACUUUGGAACAAGCGGGAUUAGUCUCUUCAGCAACAAAGUACCAAGAAAUUAUAAAUGAGAUUGCUAAGGAUAUCCGGAAUCAAAGAAGAUACAGACAUCACCGAAAAGCUGAACUGGUGAAACUCCAGCAGACUUUGAAUGCACUUAACUCCAAAACAGCAUUUUACGAAGAGCAAAUUAAUUAUUACAACACCUACAUAAAAACUUGUUUAGACAACUUAACAAGAAAAAAUUCAAGGAGGUCAAUUAAACUAGAUGGAAAAGAGGAGGUGAAGGGCAGCAAAAAACUGAAGCAGGCAUCAUUAAAGUACACUGCCGCAAGACUUCAUGAAAAGGGUGUUAUCCUAGAAAUUGAAGAUCUUCAAACCAACCAGUUUAAGAACGUGAUGUUUGAUAUCACACCUGGAGAAGAAGUGGGUGACUUUGAAAUCAAAGCAAAAUUUCUGGGGGUUGAGAUGGAAAAAGUGCAGCUCCAUUUCCAGGAUUUGCUUCAGAUGCAGUAUGAAGGUGUGGCUGUAAUGAAAAUGUUUGACAAAGCUAAAGUGAAUGUUAAUUUGCUCAUAUUCCUGUUGAAUAAGAAGUUCUAUGGAAAAUGAGUGUCUUCAGAUAUCAUGGACUACAUCCGCCAGUGGGAAGUCUACUCAGUAUUUUUUCUUGCUUUUAAACAUUUGAAAUUUGUCAUUGGAUGCUUUUUAACUUUAAAAGAAACUAAAACACCAAAUAUUCAGAGGAAUGUACACAGUGCCUUUGCAUCAUUGAUAGUGAAGCAGAAAAAUAGGAAACAGAAUAAUUUAAACACUUCCAGAUCUCACUGGUGUUGGUACCUUCCAAUCAAAACAUUGUUUAGGACACUCAGCUCUUGUGGAUAUUAAGUAGACAGAAAUUGAAUUUAGUUGAAUAUAUAAGCCUCUUCCUAUUAAAACCAUUUUUAAAUGACCUCAGAUAUAUAAUAUAGUUUGUAUUAGACAUUUAAGUAUUUACCAAAAGCAAUCCUGAUUUGUUUCUAGGGGAUAGCUUGCACAAAUAUUUAGUUACAUACUAAGCCUAUUUUCUGGCAGUUGUCAAUUGAAAGAAACCUUAUUGUGCAAUUCAAAAAUUUUUAUAGGUAAUUAUAAAGUGACAGUAAUGUCUUACUGCGCAAAAAUAUAUUUUGAUUCAUUCCUACUAAAUAAAAUGCACUACUGCCUUGUGUAAAAUGACAUUUUCUACAUUCGCAACCUUUCGAGUGGCAUGGGGGUACCUGAACAGCAAACAGCCGUUCAGUUUGAAGUAUUUGAAUAAAUUGUGCCUGUCUGUCUUUUUUGUAAGAAAAUAAAUGCAAUAAAAUCAGUAUUUAGAUUUUUUAAAUAUUCUUUGGAGAUUGUUCUAUGUAAAAUAAAUGUUACUUAAUUAAA